GCCAGGGAUGGCAAAAUCGUAAACAGUGGACGCCUACAAAUUGUUUUCUUUUUAUUGGAAAAACUCAAUAACUUUAAAAAACUUAAUUAAUAAGUGAGAAAUUAUAGUGUACAACAUGCCAGCCUACCACUCGCAGAUCAAGGAAGUGCGCCAGCAGGUGGGCAACAUGGCCAUCCUGCCGCUGAGGACACAGGUGCGCGGACCAGCGCCCAGUGCCAAUGUGGAGAGCGACAUCAUCGAUGAGUCACUGUACUACUUCAAAGCGAACGUUUUCUUUCGCACAUACGAAAUCAAGUCCGAUGUGGAUCGCGUGCUCAUCUAUGUGACGCUCUACAUCACCGAGUGCCUGAAGAAGCUCAAUAGGUCCACCAGCAAGGCUCAGGGACAGCAGGACAUGUACAGCCUGGCCAUCUCCAAGUUUGACAUCCCCGGCGAUGCAGGUUUUCCCCUGAACGCCGUCUAUGCCAAGCCCCAGACUGCCCAGGAUGCGGACCUGAUGCGCCAGUAUCUCCUGCAGCUGCGCCACGAAACCGGCAACCGGGUGGUGGAGAAGGUCUUCAACACCGAGGAUGGCAAACCCAACAAAUGGUGGACCUGCUUCGCCAAAAAGAAGUUCAUGGAAAAAAGCCUGGCUGGACCAGGACAAUAAAAAGGGGAUCAUUCCACUUAUUUGCUUCUACGAACUGUGCAAAUGCUUUAAUGUUUGGACUCGCGCCUAAAUGUGGGACUUUAUUAUUCAGUGUCACUGCCAAAUUGUCACUACUGAUGAAUUCUUUUAAAUUAUUUAAUUCUCUAAGACUUCAGUUCGUGAUUGGCUUACAACUAUCAAUUUUUAGUGGAUAACUACCUAUUUAAGUAAUAUUUG